AUGGACGGCCGGAGGGGCCUGGUCCCUUCCAAUUUUGUUGAGCGCGUGUCCGACGACGACCUGCUGGCCUCCCUGCCUCUGGAGCUGGCUGACUUCCAGCCCCAACCAGAGGACGAGGCGGCCGGGGAGGCACCCAGCCCGAGCCCCCCGCCUGAGGGCCUGGGGGAGCUCCCUGCCGUGCCUUACCCCCGCCGUCUGGCCGUCCUGAAGCAGCUGGCCCACAGCGUGGUGCUGGCCUGGGAGCCGCCUCCUGAGCGCGUGGAGCUGCGCGGCUACCACGUCUGUGUGAACGGGGAGCUGCAGCAGGCCCUGGGGUCCGGGGCACCCCCCACGGCUGUGCUAGAGAACUGGGACCUGCAGACCGGGCCCCUCCGGGUCUCCGUGCAGGCCCUGACCAGCCAGGGCGGCUCCGACCCGCUGUGCUGCUGCUUGCUGCUGGGGGCCCGGGCCCGCGUGGCUCCUAGCCAGCUGCGGGUCCAUCGGCUGACCGCCACAUCUGUCGAGAUCGCCUGGGUGCCCAGCAACAGCAGCUUGGCCCACACCGUCUACCUCAACGGGGAGGAAUGCCCCCCUGCCCGCCCCAGCACCUACUGGGCCACCUUCUGCCACCUGCGGCCUGGUACCCUCUAUCAGGCCCAAGUGGAGGCUCAGCUCCUGCCUCGAGGGUCCUGGGAACCAGGCGGGGAGAGGCCAGAGCCACGGGCUGCCACCCUGCAGUUUACCACACUGCCAGCAGGCCCACCUGACGCCCCCCUGGAUGUGCAGGUCGAGCCAGGGCCCUCCCCUGGGAUCCUGAUCAUCAGCUGGCUCCCGGUAACGAUCGAUGCGGCCGGCACCUCCAACGGCGUCUGGGUCACAGGCUACGCCGUUUAUGCUGAUGGGCAGAAGAUCAUGGAGGUGGCCUUGCCCACGGCAGGCAGCGUGCUGGUGGAGCUGUCGCAGCUACAGCUGCUGCAGGCGUGCCGCGCGGUGGCCGUGUGCACCAUGUCGCCCCACGGCGAGUCGGCGGACUCCCUCCCCGCUCCUGUUGCCCCCGCCCUGGCUGAGGCCUCCAGGCCAGUUUUAUAG